CAGUUCCCUGGGAACACUGAGAAACCCCGCCUGAGACCGUGGCGAUGCGAAUUGACGGCCUGUUCUCGAUACACUAACUUCUACUUUGUGGCACAUGGCAAAGUCAUAUCUGUCUACGAACCCCUUUUUGGAGACCAAGCUCUCGGCUCCCCUGUGAUCGUUUUACAUCCUCCAGUUUCGGUCCCGGCCCCUCAAGGCUACAUAGACCCACGCAACCCUCACGACAUCGACAGGUUGCACGUCGACUACCUGGGUCGUAAAGAGGUAUUACUGGUUGCUUGCGAUGACGGGGACGUUGUCGGGUACUACGUCUCCGCAAUCAAGAACGCUGUUGAAGGACGGACUCCCGGUGCUCCCGUCCAAGAACCUCGACCUUUUCUGCACACCAAUGUCAGGUUAUCCGCCUGGGGCCUGUCCGUUCAUCGUCGAGCCCGACUCCUUGCCAUCAGUUCCAACACUGGAAUCAUCACAGUCAUCGCCUUCGCGCUCGCCAGCAACAAUGGCGACGGUGGGCGGGCCCAUUCGGUCAAAGAGUUCAAUGUCGGUCACAACAUCCCUUUCAUAUCCUUUAAUAACAGCGGCACGGACCCGGAGGGUAGAUGGCUUCUCAGUGCAUCCAUUAGUGGGGACGCUCAACUGUGGGAUCUCCACCGCUCAGGGGAGCAAGGCCCAGCCAUGCCUUAUUGUCCGUACAUCAUCGUCUGCAAAAACGAAGUUUACCUUUUCCAACCCGGCAAUCCGGCGAGUCCCUCUACCUACAGCCUCGCCAACCUCCGUCCCAUUAUCGCAGCGCCCGAACCUCUGAAACCUCCCGACACACUGUCUUCCCACUGGGACCGCAUGAACUACUCUCUCUACAUUGCCGAAUUGGGAAUAUUCCUGGUCGCCGCCCCCUCGGGACGCUGCGCCAUCUUCACGCUGACGCAAUACAAUAUCCCUGUUAAGGACAGCCCAAAUCAAACCAAGACCAUUUAUGGCAUGAGGCAGGAUUACACACUCCCUUUUAAGGAGCAGGAGGAGCAGGACCCGAGGUUUAAAGAUUGUUGGAGGAAUGGGCGUGUGCUUCUGGUCGGCAUUGCGGCGGGACCCGCGCAGGGCUGCAUGGAUAAGGAAGAGGAUGAGAGAGGCAGUGGCAGUGAAAGUGAGAGUGAGGAAGAGUGGCAUGGACCGAGGCUUUGGAGGCUGUUCUUGCAUUAUUCCGACCAUACCGUCUUGACGUAUGAGCUGGUGCGGAAGGCGAGGGGGCUGGAGCAGGAUUGGGGGGUUUUGCCGGCUUGGUAGGGGAGGUAUUGAGCGCCAUUCUUAUUCUCACUCUAAUUUGGGAACGCUCACGUUCUGAACUCUGUAGAAAACAGAGGGAAGAUGAAUUGAGAUUCAGAUUCGGGAGAUACUCUUUUCUGUCUCCGAGACGGUAGGAUUGUAGGGAGUAAUAGCGCUAAGGAACCACUCGUUAUGAAUCCUUUCAAUCAAUACCUUGUAGUAAUUGUGAAGACAUGAGAGCCUAUCCCUGACGAUAACGUAGAACAUUUCUUUAUUCAGAAAGCACAGGGUACAGUUUCCUGCUCCCAAGUCCCCGGGAGAAUGAAUGACCUCCAAACUCCACCUAGUGAUACAGAAUCGUCAAAACUCACCGAAUCCCCACAUGCGC